AUGAACCUCCAAGCUUUUCUCCUCCUGGCAUUCAGCCUGAGCGCUUCUGUCGUGGCCAUUCCACAGAACGCAGCUAGCUCUGUGAAUGUCCAGCUACAAAACCACAGACCCACGACAACCACCAAGAUCACCAAGCCAACAGGAACACCCUGUGUGGGCAACACGCCCCUAACACGGUCCAGAUGGUGCCAAUACGACAUCAACACCGACUACACCCAGAUAGUACCCAACACCGGCGUAACCCAGGAGUACUGGCUCGACGUCGAAGAGCUAGUAGCAGCACCAGACGGGUUCAGCCGGCCAGUAAUGGCCGUGAACGGGACUAUCCCGGGUCCAACGAUCUUCGCAGACUGGGGCGAUGAGGUCGUGAUCCACGUCACGAACAGCCUACACAAUGCCAAGAACGGCACGAGCAUCCACUGGCACGGGAUCAGACAGAACUACACGAACGGCAACGACGGUGUGGUCUCCAUCACGCAAUGUCCCACCGCGCCAGGCUCAACCAUAACAUAUAAAUGGCGGGCCACGCAGUACGGCUCAUCGUGGUACCAUUCGCACAUUGGCCUGCAGGCAUGGGAGGGCGUGUUUGGCGGGAUUGUGAUCAAUGGCCCUGCUACGGCGAACUACCAGGUCGAUAAGGGCAGUCUGUUCCUGACGGACUGGUCGCACCCUACUGUUGAUGAGCUGUACCUGGAGGCUCAGACGAUAGGGCCACCGACUUUGGAUACUGGCUUGAUUAACGGGACGAAUGUCUUUGGUAAUGGGACCAAUUCUACGGGCACGCGGUUCCAGAUGAAGGUCAACCAGGGGUCUUCGUACCGGCUGAGGAUUGUUAAUUCGGCUGUUGAUACGCACUGGAAGUUUAUGAUUGAUAACCAUACGCUUACUGUUAUUGCGGCGGACUUUGUGCCGAUCAAGCCGUUUACGACGGAUUAUAUCAAUAUCGGAAUGGGCCAACGCUACGAUGUAAUUGUAACAGCCAACAAACGCCAAAUCUCCGACUCAUUCUGGAUCCGUGCAAUUCCCCAAGAAGCAUGCUCCGAAAACGCAAACCCAGACAACAUAAGAGGCAUCCUCUACUACGGCAACAGUCCAAACACGCCCACAACAAGGCCCUACACCUUCCCCGACGAAUGCAUCGACGAGCCAGCCUCCAGUCUAAUCCCACAAGUCCCCAAGACCGUCUCCGCCGCAGACUGGAACAACCUAACAGACGUGACACUGGGACGCAACACCGCGAACCUCUUCCGCUGGUAUCUCAACAGCACGACGAUGCAAGUCCUCUGGGAAGACCCGACCUUACUGCAGCUUUUCAAUAACGAAAACACACCCAACUUCACCGAGUCGAGCGGUGUGAUUGAGCUGCCGCGGGCGAACGAGUGGGUGUACCUUAUGAUCAACACGAGUUUCCCGGUCACGCACCCGAUCCAUAUGCACGGGCAUGAUUUCUUUGUUCUGGCGCAGGGGUCGAAUCCGUGGGAUGGGAGUGUGGCGACUAAUAACCCGCCGCGAAGGGAUACGGCGAUGUUGAAUGGGAAUGGGUAUUUGCUUAUGGCGUUUGAGACGGAUAAUCCCGGGGCGUGGCUUAUGCAUUGUCAUAUUGGCUGGCAUACGGAUGAGGGUUUUGCGUUGCAGUUUUUGGAGAGGGAGAGUGAAAUUGAGCCGUUGAUUGAUCGCCAGGCUCUUGAGGAUAACUGUGCUUCUUGGAAUGCUUAUGAUGAGGCUUUUGAUAUUGAGCAAGACGAUUCGGGAGUUUAG